AACACACUACGCUCUUAAUAUCGUGGUUCUAAAUAUCGAUAUAGUUUCUCUGCCGGUAGAAUCACGAGUACACGUUGUUGUUGUUGUUGUUGUUGUAUGUUCGUUAUCUUACAUGCUCUUAUCCACCUGUUAUUAAUUAAGUGUCAUAAUGACCCUUGUUUUUUUGUAUUGAUCACAUUGGCAAUAAAGUCAAGGCUGCCGAAACCCGAUACCUUGUCUAUUGUCACGGAAAUACUCCUAUAGAUUCUAUUUAUUUAUACUUUUGUGGGAUAAAUAUUUAAAAUAUAUGACAAUGUGAUGUUUAUUUUUAACGACAUGACAUUUAAAUUUUUUGCCGGCAAUUAAAACUCAGUAGCGAGUGAGACGAAGCGUCAUUGUGUCAGACAGUGUUGUGAAAUUUUUCUACUACAUGUGAUUAGUUUACUUUAUUACUGUACCAAGUAAUUAGUGGUUUGUCAUUAACGCAGUAAAUAUGUAAAGUAAAGGAUCAAGAAAACAAAAUGAUAUUUUUUGAUAAGGAUUGAAAUUUUUUGAAAUGCGACUUUCGAGUGCUUGGAGAUUAGUGUGGGUGGAUUUCGCGGUUCCUGUCCUGCAGACCUCGGCUAGCAGGAAAUGCUCACUCUAAUUGAUGGGUUUUAAUUUAUUAGUAUAUAUUGAGACAGGUAAUUAAUAUGCCAAGACCAUCGAGGGAAUCGUACAAUGGCGAGCAGAAGCCGCCGUAUUCUUACAUUUCAUUGACGGCAAUGGCUAUUUGGUCAUCGAAAGAAAAAAUGCUGCCGCUUGCUGAAAUUUAUCGUUUUAUUGCUGACCGUUUUCCGUAUUAUCGACGUGAUACAAGACGGUGGCAAAAUUCAUUGCGUCAUAAUUUAUCAUUUAAUGAUUGUUUUAUUAAGGUCCCGCGAAAUCCUCACACUCCAGGAAAAGGCGCAUACUGGGCCCUGCAUCCUGCAGCCUUAUCAAUGUUCGAAAACGGGUCCUACCUCCGACGUCGUAAGCGAUUCAAGCUUCCAAAAUCCGCCAAAGAAGAGAGCAAAGUUCUGGCUGAAACGGCAGCGAGAUUGGCAUCAACGAAUUCCCUCGGAUCUGAAUGUUCCCCAGCUAUUAAUCACUUUUCUCCAUCGCAUCAUCAAUCUAGCUAUCAUCACGACAAUCUUCACCUCUAUCAAGAUCAAAAUUUUGCAUUAACUCAACGGCAGUUAGAUUUUCUUAAUUUCACAUCAAUAACCGGUCUCUCCUCAAUUAAUAAAGACGAUGAUAACACAUCUAGACGUCAUCACAAUAACGCAAUAAUGACCAGUGAUGGCCAGCUAUCAUGUUCGAUCGACGGAUUAUCCUCGUCAUCAAACAAUACCCGUGAUUCAAUAGAAAGUGAGACACGAGUGAUGAUCAAAAAACCAAAACCACUCGUUUCAGCUGGUAAAUCAUUCAAUAUUGAAAGUAUCAUCAAGACCAGUAGCCCGACAAGCGAACAACGACCCUCUAGAUGUUUGGAUCUAGAAGUGGACCCGGUGAACCAGGACAUUGUGAGCCCAACUCAAAGUCUUUUGCCCUGGCACUCAAAUUUAUAUCCGGGAUUAAGUCCCUUGGGAAACUAUUCCCUAAACCAGGCGGCGGCUUUCUACGCAACGGCACUCGCUACUGCUAAUUUGUUUGCUCUGCAUCCUGGGUACCAGGCCACGAAGGCUUCUCUGGCUGAGACUAUGGUCAAUUCAUCUCUGUAUAAUUUUUAUCCUGGGCUUCCUAGCCUCCUGAGACUCGAGCCAACUGUGGGCAUGGCCCAGGAUUUUGGAGCACCGACUCUGAGUCUUCCUGCACUUGCGAUGCCGCCGAGUGAAGAAAAUUCACGGGUGGAAAUUCGCGAAAUAAACCCGUACAGUGGUGAAGAUAGUUCUAAAGCUAGAGAUUUAAACUCGUGAUUGUUUUUUUAAAUUUAUUUCUUGUGUUGUUAAUUGUUAUAAAUAUAAUUUGUUAUAAAUAAAGAGUAUGUAAGUCUGCAAGAUUGUAAUGAGUAAUGAGUAAUGAGACUUAUUUACAAUAGCUGUGUACUUUUUUUCAGCAAGAUGGUUCUGUAAUAAAAUAAAAGAUCUCUGUAUAGACUCAUUUUGUUGAAGAGUUGAAUUUUUUAUUUGCGAUGUGAGGAUCGUAAAAAAAUUGAUGGAAGUAAAUUUGCGUAGAAAGGAGUCUAAAUAAUAAUAUGUAUUGCCAAAGUGCAUGUGUAGCAUCCUGUACAUAAUAAACAAGUAUGAAAAAAUAAAUA